AUGUUCCUCAUGUUAUCGAGGAUACUGUCUCGUUCGAACUGCAUCCUGAUUUUGAUAAUAUUUAACCUUGCAUCCUCGGCGCCUUUGAAAUCUCAAAGAAACUCGCCGUUCCAAAAUGAACAAGGUUUCUCGGCUUCCCCAAAAAUCUUGGAGAUCCAGCUGCCGCUUAAAAUCACUUCGAAAGAAGAUUUAGUAGCUUGGUCUAAAUACGUAAUGAGUUUAAUGACGUCAAAGAUAAAUUUACCAUCUAUCUUCAAGAAUUCGCCAUCAAUCGAGAAACGGUUUCCCUUUACGAGCAAUUCGGGCUCGAAAUCAAAGGAGAUAAUGAAGAAGGCAUCUCUCAAUGAGAAACGACAGGGCCUGAACUAUCCGGCGCGAAGACUUAAGGAGCCUCCUGUUCAAAGACCGGAUGAUAAAGUGGUCGCUUAUCCUUUGCCCAUGGGAGCGAUGCAAACGACAUCGUCCGAUUCACAGGACCCGUCUAGUCUUUCUACUUCGAAUAUCAAUGGACCAACUGAUUUUGGACAAUACAUGGAUUUCAACAUCGGGAAUCCUUUUCAGCAAAGUGAAAUUGAUACCUUCGGAAAUUUUAAUGCUUUCUUGCAGCCGCCCGCCAACACGUAUCUUCCAUUAUCCCCAAUCAAUAUCGCUCAAUCAUAUCAGAACGUUAUCGAUAAAAAUGUUUCUGACUUCGAGGAACCGUUGAAGCUUCAGACUACGAGGAAUUCCUUGAAUCUUCACAUCCACAAUAAUGAGCUACAGCAGACAUUACCGACUGCCGUGAAUAAUGGGUUAACUAGGUUGAAUUUGUCGCAUAAUAUAGGUGAACCUCUGUUGACUUUUCCAUUCCAAGCAGUAAUUACAAUCGCUAAAGAACUUCCGCUAGCUACUAUGAUUCCGAAGAUAGAACCGAAAGAUUACACCGCAGUUAGAGAUUUUCCGAAUGAGUUUCUGCCAUACUUCGAAAAUGACUAUACACUUACGAAUAAUUCCGAACGAGUAAACGUCGUCUUCAAUGAUUUCGUCACAGAAACGAGUGAAACAAAAACAGAAGGAAAAGUAAAAAAGGGGAAACAGAAAGAAGAACAGAAACAGCAGAAUAUGAAUGAGCAAAAAAAGCAAAACCAGAAGAAAAUGAAAAGUACGAAGAAGCAGAAAUCGUCUAUAAAGCGACAAUCGGUAAUACUCGGGGAUUUGCUGAGGAUGUUUGGUAUUCUGAGGAAACUGCCGAAAAAUAGCACUGAGAUUAACAUCGCGAAGCCUGUACUUUCUAUUUUGAAAGGAACAAACACACAGAAGAUACAAGUAGCCUUCGAGGAGACGCCGCCUAAUCGUGGGAGACCCAAUGAAACAUUUCAAGCGCAGCAACUGAGCGAAGACGAUGAUGAGAACGACGAUAAUGGGAACGGCGCUAAUGGAAACGGCGAUAACGGAAACGGUGAUAAUGAGAACGACGAUAUUGAAAAUAACGAUGAUGAUGAUAAUGGACCUCAAACAGAAGCACAGGAGGAAGAUGAAGAUGAAGAAGAAAAGGGUGGAUCUAUACAAGCUCUGAUCGAAUUAUUACCAUUAGCUGCGCCGAUUCUCGAAGAACUUAGUGAUCCGGAGUCGGAUGUUGAUAUAGCAGAGGUGCUUCAAGGUGCAAUUCCUCUUCUCGAAGGACUCUCUGAUCCAGAGGAGGAGGACGGAGUCGAUAUUCCAGCAGUCCUACUGCCACUCUCUCAAAAGCUCAGUGAGGGCCCAGAAGGACAAGGCAGCGAUUCUGGAGCUAUUUUAGGACCUAUUAUACAGCUGAUAGCGCCGUUGAGCGGACCUCUUUCAGGCCCCCUGAUCGGUCCGCUGAGUCGUAGCAGUAGUGGCCCUGAAGGCGUACAGGGAUCAGCGUCCGUAUUUGCGGCAUCGGGUGAACCUUUAAGCAAGCCACAAGGGCCAUAUGGACAAUCAGUGUUAUCGAGCUUUAUCGCCGGUAUUACCGCUAAGCUAAGUAAAGAAAGCGCCGCUUCAGCAAGUGAAUCGGAUGUGAAAUCUCUAGUAAGUUCGAUUGUAUCAGGCGUGCUCGCUGGUGCUAGCGCAGGUUCCAAAGGUCACAAAAGUGGCUAUGGUCAAAAUCAAUAUGGUCAAUAUGGU